AUGCUCAGGAAUUUUUACUUUCUCUGCAGAGCUUUUCAUUUACACCAACUAUUAAUAAACCAACACGUGUGCAAUAACAGCUCUGCCACCUUAAUCGACAAUAUUUUGACUAACAAAGUUGAUGCUAAUAUCACCAGUGGCAAUAUUGUCUCUGAUAUCAGCGACCAUUUUUCACAGUUUUGCGUCUCCCACACUUUCUUUAAGAAGCUGAAGUUGAAAAAACAAAAGCGCAGAGAUUUUUCUGGUUUCUCCGUUAAUAGUUUUAACUAUGAACUCUCGGAGGCACUCUUAAACCAAAACAACUUUGAUGACCACUUCGAAGUUGACAUUGCUUUUUCUAAUUUCUAUAACACACUGUCUGGUCUUGUUGAGAAACACGCUCCUUUGAAAACUCCCUCAAAACGCAACCUAAAGCAGUUUUCUAAGCCGUGGAUAACCAUCGGCCUCAAAAAAUCUAUCAAAGUGAAAAAUUCUCUUUUUCAGUCAGGGAAUUUCGCACAAUAUAAACGCUAG